CAGCACUAAUCCUCGUUUAGCAGUAUUUUUAACUUGCGUUUGGACAGAAAGGACAGCAAUAGGAUUAGAGAGACAGUGAAGAGGCUGAAUCCCUAACACAUGCAGUUGAUCGUCUUGUAUGCUGUGAGGAAAGCACGGGAGCUCUUCCUGAAUAUUUAUUUCAACUUGAAAGCUGAAUUUUCAUAGGAUAUCAUCUUGCUUGAAUGGGGAUCUUGUGGAAUAUUGUUGUUUGAUUUGACCUUAACUUGCACCGGACCUGUGCUCUUUGGAAGUGUCACAAUGGCGUCUGUAAGGCCAAAGAUGAAAAUGCUGAAAAAGCGGCGAUCCAGUCUUUUUGCAUCCAUAAAGCGGGAAGUUAGUUUUUCACAAAGCAUCGAAGAGCAGGAAUGUGAAUUCCCUUUUUCCCAAGACAGCUCAGUGAAACCAUGGACAUCUAUGGACAACCUUGAUGCUCUUGAUGAGCAAAAAGAAGAAACACAAAAUCAGAGGAAAACUUUACCGAACCCGAGGCUCUCAAACAUUGUCACCAUCAACGUGGGUGGACGGGUGUUUCGUAUCCCGAAAAAAUUGAUUCUGCGAUACCCAAAAACCAGGAUUGGUGUCCUUGCCCUCUGUAGUGAUCCAGUCAAGCGCCUGACACUCUGCGAUGACUACAGUGUUGUGAACAAUGAGUUCUUUUUUGACAGGGACCCUAUGUUUUUCCAUUACAUUUUCCACUUUUACUGCAGCAAUGUCCUGUGGGUGAUGGAUAGUCUUUGCCCUGUCAACUUUGAAGAAGAGAUGUCAUUCUGGGGUCUGAAUCUAAAGGAUAGUCCAAGGUGCUGCCGUAUUUCGUAUGAGGAGAAACUGGAUGACAUCAGAGAUCAGCUGAAGGUCAACCAGGAGCUGAUUGAUGAGAUUAAACCUCACAAGGAUGAAGAUGCAUACGAAAGUAUGUUUCUUGGAGACUUUCGGAGGGCCCUCUGGGACUUGAUGGAGAAUCCCUACUCGUCAUUGGCAGCCAAAGCCUUUGCAGUGUUCUCCAGUCUCUUUGUGCUCAUCUCUAUUGUUGCCAUGACACUAAACACAGUUAAGGAACUCAGGGAAUACAAACUUGCCGGCAAAACCUACAUGGAGUGGGUAGAGAUUUGCUCCAUCCUUUUCUUUACGUCGGAGUACUUUUUGCGGUUAAUGACCACAUCCGAUAUAAAACAUUUUGUGAAGAGUGCCCUCAACUUUGUUGACAUAGUGGCUGUAAUGCCCUACUUCAUCCAGAUCAUGUUUGAGACAUUUGUUAUAGAUGCAGAGAACAUGAGUGCACAGGAAGAUUUGAAGGCCAUGGCAAGAGUCAGCAAAGUCAGCAAGGUGCUUAAGGUUGUCAAGCUGAUGCGCAUUUUCCGUAUCCUGAAACUUGCACGUCAUUCCACUGGCAUGAGGGCAUUUGGCUUCACCAUACGCCAGUGCUCUGAGCAGGUAUGCUGCCUGUUUCUUUUCAUUGCCAUGGGCAUCUUCACCUUCUCCGCUCUGAUGCACUCGGUGGAGGUGGAUCAGCCUGGGACGCCGUUCAGCAGCAUACCAGAUGCCUGGUGGUGGGCUGCGGUGAGCAUCUCUACUGUAGGUUAUGGAGAUGUCAUCCCUGUGUCAUAUCUCGGCCGCUGUGUAGCGUUUGGCUGCAUCUCAUUUGGCAUCAUCCUCAAUGGCAUGCCCAUCUCCAUUCUGUUCAACAAGUUCUCCGACUACUAUGCGAAACUGAAGGAACAGGAAUACACCUAUUCAAACACGGAGCGCACCUUCCAGCUCAAGAAACGUCUGAGGCGUAAGUUUGACAACUGCUUUGAGCCCCAGCCAGGUGACACGGAGGAUGAGCUACACUAUCGGCCCAGUGGAAGGUAAACAUUCUACGGGAGUGAAGAUUGAGAGAAGCUACAGCGUUGGAAACUUGCUUACCCUAACUGGCCUUAUCGCCCAUCGAUCCCCAAGUGUGAGACCUCAUCUGCCUCCAAGUCUGUGAGAUGAGAAACAGUCUAAGUGGGGUAACUGGAGGCAGCAGCAAGUUGAGAUAAUCUGUAAGCCUCUGCUUUUAUAGUAGUUGCUGUUCACAUGCAGUCUAUGGUGACUCUAUCAGAUGGAAAAGAUGCUCCCACUGGACAGCUUGUCAUCCGUUUCUAGGAAUAGCAACUGGCAGCAUCUGUUGCUGAAUAAACUGAAAUCUAUAUAUUAUUUGAGGUCACCUAGUUAUAUAAAUAGUAAGCAAUGUUUAUCACCUUAAAUUGGUGGGAUGCUUGUCAAAUAUAAUAUUUAUUGAAAGGACCUUUUUUGGACAUAAUAUGCACUUGUGUAUUUAAAUUUUCACAACACUAAGUAUAACUUUGAUGGAGCUUUUAAUGAAGGAAAUAUAAAUAUACAAGCUGUAGGAGCCAUGUCUCAUUUUUAUUUGUGAGAGUUUUGUAUUUUAUUUCUUAUGUCUUGUUUGUGGCUGACUCCGGCCCCGGGGUCAUGCUGGAUUAUUGCUGUCAUUUUACUCAGGUGUUGAAAGGGGCAACAGUUUUCAACUGUGCUCGGGUUUAAGUUUUGUUUAAUGGAAAUGGAGAAAUAGGCGGACAUUGGAAGAAAAUAAAUCGAUAUUUCAGACACUAAGGGAGAACCUGGUCGGGAUUUAUAGCUGCAUGCACGUUAAAAACAAGACCUACCAGCAAACAAUCAGCAGCCAGUAGCGCCACAGUACCAAAUCUUUCUGCCCCUGAGUGUUAGAGGAGGAGUUAUGCUAACUGUGGCUCCGGUGUCAUUUAAAAACAAAUCCUGAACAGAACACUUGAGAUAAUCUGUUUUCAUUCUUUACGCCACGUACUUUACAUUUACAUGUUCUCAGCCACUUGUUUCUAACACAGACCAGAGGUUCAGUAAGCAAAAGUAUUCAUUUGGUUUUAUACCAGUUUCCAAGUACAAAUAUUAUUUGUUGAAGGAUCAGAAUUUGCAGAGGCAUUUAAUUUCUGUUGGUGUCUGACACAACAAUAACCUUAAAGAAUCAAGGUUUUAAUUGGAGGCAUCACAUGGUGAAUUAUGUUGCUUAGUUUUACUUCUCCUUUUUUUAAGUGGUUUUGGUGAUAAGGCUGCAGUGGUUAAAAUGAAGCACAUGUUAUAAAGCCAUCAUUUCUCGGUCAAACAUCUACAUAUUACUCUCAAACUGAAUGAAAAUGUAAUCAAUGUGAUUGUUUUCUGUAUUAUUCUUAUAAACAAAACCAACUGAAAAAACUGGAAACGGAAUGGAAACCGCAUCUCUGAUUUCAUUGUGUCUUCAAAUAUAUAUUUCUCCAUCCCAGUGUUUAGUUAGUGUUUCCCCUUUGACAUCUUCAGAUGAGUCGGUGGAGCUGGUGGAGGAUGCGUCAGCCUCCAGGGAGGUACUCUUUAUCUUCAUGGGCUGUGUCGGUGUCCGAAUCCGACAUUACAGAAUCGUGCUACAUAGGCUCGGGAAUCGGACUCCAUCCAAGCUCACAGUUUUUGG